AUGCCCGGCAACGAGCUGUGGGGCCCUCUGCCUCCCGCUGCUGAUCUCUUCGCCCCCAGGUCACUCGCCAGCCUCCCUACCCACUCACCCCACGUCGCCAGUGACUUGAGAUCCAACUACCUCACUGGCAAUGUGCCGCAGGUGCCUGCUGGCCGCAACAUUGACUUCAAGUUCUUCACCAACUGCUUUCAUGCUUCAGCAGGUGCAAGUGCAGACACCUUGCUGGGGGACGAGAAUCCACGGUCCACCACAGAUUGCACGCGAUUCUACUCCAACCUCGACCAAGGGAGACCACCAACACCUGCCCUCGCCUCCACUUCUCCCGCUCGUCCUCCCACAUCCAACACCAUCGCUGCAAGCAGCCCCUUCCCCCCCACAUCCCCCUCACCUACCCCCUCACCGACCCCCUCCACACCCUCUGCCUCCUCCUCCACCUCCCUUACUAAGCCCAGCCAUAACCUUCGCCCCCCUGCCCUCCUCCCUGUGGCCGCCUUCCUGCUGGCACUGCUAGCUGCUGCCAUGGCAUGA